CGUCUCCCUUCGUCGCGAACGCAUCUGAAGCCCGCAGCUCGCCCACCGCUGCAGGGACACACCCGCCGCAGCCGCCAUGUCGAAGACCGGGGACCAGCAGCCGGCGGACAUGGAGGUCGACUCCUCCGCUGCCGUCGAGGAGAAGCCGGCCGUCAGGUUCUCCAUCAACGUGCUGGAGCUCAUGAGGGAGGCGCAGAUGCAGCAUGGCCUCCGCCAGAGUGACUACACGCGGUACAGGAGGUACUGUUCUGCGCGACUCAGAAGGCUGUACAAGUCUCUUAAGUUCCUGCAUGGCCGUGGUAAAUACACCAGGAGGAAUAUAACCGAGUCUACAGUCACCGAUGUCAGGUAUCUCCACAUAGUAUUUUAUAUGGCUGAGAGAGCAUGGAGUCAUGCCAUGGAAAAGAAAACUGCUGGUACAAAUGCACAACAGCGUAUCUACAUGUUGGGUCGAUUUAGGAAAGCAGUUAAAUGGGCAUCACUAUUUUCGCAAUUAUGUUCUGUGAAAGGAGAUUCGAGGACAUCUCUGGAAGCUGAGGCAUAUGCUUCAUAUAUGAAAGGUGCUUUGUUUUUUGAGCAAGACAAGAACAUAGAGGCGGCAAUGAUAAAUUUCAAGAAUACGAGAGCUGUAUAUGAAGAGCUUGGGAAGUAUGGCAGCAUAGAAAAUCAACUUUUAUGCCGUCAGCGCAUUGAAGAAGUGGAGCCCAUGAUUGAUUUCUGUUCACACAAACUUGGUGGAUCAUCUUUACAAGCACAUGAACUCCUAGAUACUGCUAAUGAUCUUCUCAAAGCGAAGAUGGAGGCUGUGUUGUCUGAGACAAGGUCACAGCAAGCAGCUUCCAUGACUGAGUUUAACUGGCUUGGUCGCAGAUUUCCUAUUACAAAUGCAAAGACCCGUGUCUCCAUUUUGAAAGCUCAGCAGCUUGAGAAAGACUUGAACGGUUCAGCCACAGAAUCAAUCGCUGCUGACAAAAAGCUUGGCAUUUUUGAUAAAAUAUUUUCUGCAUACCAUGAUGCUCGGAGCUGCAUCCGCAAUGACCUGGCUUCUGCUGGCAAUGCUGAGAAUAUAAGAGAUGACUUGAAUGGACUUGACAAGGCUGUUAGUGCUGUUUUAGGAUUGAGGACUAUAGAACGUAACCAGUUACUUGUUAGCAUUGCUAAAAGUAAAUUUACAAAGCAUCGAGAUGAGAAAAAUGAGAGAAUCACAAAGCCAGAAGAACUUGUUCGGCUAUAUGAUCUGCUUAUUCAGAAUACAAUGGACUUGACAGAUUUAGUUAGCUCUGGCAGAAACAAAAAUGAAGAAGAGAACUCUUUUAUUCAUGAGUAUGAGCUGAAAGGCUUGGCUUUCAGAGCUGAGAGAUGUUUCUUUUUGGCGAAGUCAUAUAGUUCUGCUGGCAAAAGGGCAGAAGCGUAUGCAUUAUUCAGUCAUGCCCGAACUCUCGCUAAUUCCGCACUGCAGCAGCUAGCAAACAGUCCUGACAAGGCUUUAAUCCAAGAUCUGAAAUCUUUAUCCGACAAUUGUAGAUCCAAUAGCUGCAUAGAACACGCAACGGGUAUUAUGGAGGAGGAGCGUGUUCCUUUAAAACUGUCAAAAGGAGUCUCAACUAUUUCACUUCAUGAUAAAAUGAAGGAGAACAAGUAUCUUCUUGAUAUACUAGAGAGCUAUGAAUCAGCAAUCGGCGAGCCAAACACCAAAGGUCCAUGUCGCAUCGCACAAUUCCCACCGCCCUUCCAAGCAGUGCCAUGCAAUCCGAUCGUGCUCGAUAUGGCAUACAACGCGAUAGAAUUCCCAAGCCUUGAGAACCGAAUGAAGAAAGAGAAGAAGGGUCUUCUGAGCAGGUUCUGGGGGUGAAAAGAAGACGGAAUUCGACCUCGUGCAUUUUGGUACAUUGUGCUUUUGUCGUUUGCUUUGUUUGCCAGUGUGCUUGAACAAGUACAAAUAUAGAUGGUCCUCUCGUUAAUACUGCUUUUUUAUGGGUUAAAGUUUUUUUGUCA